AUGUCUUCACAUAUUGGUGUUUCAUGUGAUUCAUGUUUAAAAACGAAUUUUUCUGGCCGUCGCUAUAAAUGUUUACAAUGUGAUAAUUAUGAUCUUUGUGGUUCAUGUUAUGAUAUGAAUGUUGAAAGUCAAAAUCAUAUUCAUACACAUCCAAUGCAAUGUAUAUUAACAAAAGCAGCAUAUGAAUUAUUCUAUGCAGGUGAAUUAAUAUCUUAUCGAACAAUAGUUUCAUUAACAUGUCCAUAUUGUGGUUUAUCUGGUUUUAUUUCACAUACACUUUUAAUACAUUGUUUAGAAAAACAUUCAAUUAUGUUAUCCGAAACAAAGACUAGUCAAGUUGUUAUGUGUCCUAUAUGUGUUAUUAAUCCAUUAGAAGGAUAUCAAUCACGUUUUGUUUCAUUAGCCGAUCAUAUUGCAAGAGAACAUGAUGAUGGAGAUUUAUCAAUAAAUCAAAUACAACAAUUUGAAAAUAAAAAAGAAGAUUUUGAUCAAAAUGAUGAUGAAGAUGAAGGAUUACCGUUAUAUAUACUUGCAGAACGAUUAUUUACUAAAGAAGAAAAUCGUCGUCAAGAAGCAGCAGCUCGUCAAAGACUUGCACAAACAAUAGUUCGAAAUGAUUGUCAUAAUUCAAUAUCAAAUAGAAAUAUAACAUCUCAACGACAUACUCUUUCAAGACAAUCAGCAACAAGAGGUUCUCGAGGAGGUCAUUUUAAUAAUAAUUAUCCUUAUGGAACAGUAUCUCGUACAACAACUGGAUCAUUUCGUAUACCUUUUGAUACAACAGUAGAAAAUACAAUAUCAUCUGAUCCAUAUGCAUCUAUACUCUUUUCUCAAGAUCCUCUAUUUGAUUUUGAUUCUCCAUUUUCGGAUUUAACCAAUACACCAUUUUUUCUUACAUCAUCUGUUUCAACUCCUGCAUCAACACUUGAAUCUACAAAUAACGAUCGAAUAAUUCAGAAAAAAUCAAGUUUAUCGAAUACGAAACAAAAACGUUUUAAUCCUAUUCAACAACCAUCAACACAACCAAUGAUGUUAACUGAACCAUCUAUUUCUAAUUAUCAAUUAUGGCAACAAGAGUUUUAUUCUUCAUUGAAUAAUAUGAAUUCUUUAACUGAUACUCAUAUAACAACUGAAAAUAAUAAGAUUAAUGAUCAUACAUUGAAACAUCCAGAAAAUGAUCCACGAUCAUUACUUGGAAAGUGA